AGAUCUCGGUUUGUAAAACGAGAUCAUGAAGAAAUACAAAAAAAUGCAAUAAAAAUUAAAUUUCACAAAAGAUGCGCGAUUCCAAAUGUGACGUGCCGAAACGCCGGGUUAGGAGCGAGUUUGAGUCUGCAACGAGCUUGGACGUGAAGGCGUCGUCUAUUCUGAGCAGUUGCAGGAUCUGCCUGUCUUCGAUGCUAGACCCAGCGGCCCUGACGUGCGGUCACCGGUUUUGCGAGAAGUGCCUGAACCAUUACUGGCGGAUCCGGGAGAAACCGGACUAUAUUGUAUGUCCGUUGUGCCGAAAUUGCGCGUUCAACGUAGAUUUUGCCAAGAAAGAAGAAGCAACCUCAACAGACGACUUUAGAAAAAUGUUUGGUGCCAUGGAAAUGAAUGACUCAGAACUGAAUAGUUCACUAGUCUUGUGUCUCAAGCUCAGUUUACUGGUGCCCGCGUUAUACUGUCUGGUCAAGUGGCUGAAGAUACCAGUCCUGGGCCUGCUCACAGCCGUACAAAGCAAAUUGACAAGUAAAAUGUAAAAACAUGUUCCAAUGAA